CUUCUGUAAAAGUGGCGGAAAGUUAUAAAUUUUGAGUAUUUUUGAGUUUUUGAAGGCUUGGUCGCCGCUGUCACAGCCGCCGCUGGAAAGGCUGUUUCUGUUGCCCAUGAACGGGUUGCGCAUGGAUGUUUGGAAACACUCACGAUUGCACUAACAAGGUGAUAAUUACUAUACAACAUGCUGAAGAGACACAACCUGAUGUGUGUUACAGGUGACAUGGGCUUUGCUGCUUUUCCUAACAACCAAUGAUGGAGUUCGUUGCCAGCAACAGACUAAUGGCCAUUGAGCCACCUGGUGGGUCAUGGGCUGACCGCUCACCUCUGCACGACGCUGCGUGUUACGGCCGUGUCCUGGCGCUGAAGACCCUGCUGGACCAGGGAGCGUGUGCUAACCUCAGCACCAUUGACUCGGUCACUCCGCUACACGAGGCAUGUUUGGGCGGACAUGCAGUCUGUGCCAAAAUGCUCAUCUCUGCAGGAGCUCAGGUAAAUGCCAGAAACAUAGACGGCAGUACGCCGCUGUGUGAUGCGUGCUCACGUGGAAGUGUUUCCUGUAUCAACCUGCUGCUGUCUCACGGUGCUGAAGUCAACCCGAGUCUCAUCACUGCAUCACCACUACAUGAGGCUGUGCUCAGAGGACACCAGGAAUGUGUAGACAUCCUCAUAGAGAAUGGCGCCAGGAUAGAGCACACCGACUGUCACCAUGGUACACCUCUACAUGUAGCAUGUGUCAGGGGUCACGUGGAUUGUGCCAAGUCUCUUCUUCUAGCAGGUGCUAACCCCAAUGCCACAAAGAACCAUGAAACUCCACUGCACUAUGCAGCACAGAAUAACUACACUGCUGUGAUCCAAGUCCUAGUGGAACAUGGUGCCAAUAUCACAGCACUGAAUCAGAAUGGCAAGAGAGCUCUUCACCUUACUGCAGAGGACAGUGAAGCCAGACAACUUCUGUUUUAUGUUGAAGGCCAUGUAGAGAGCCUGAAGCAGCUGUGCAGACUGACCAUCAGGCAGAGUGUUGGAGCAGGCAGGCUCGAGUAUCUCAGCUCACUCAAGCUACCGGACCUCAUGCUAAACUUUCUGUGUCACAGAUAGCCAGUAUAGUACACUGAAAUACCCAUUAAGAAUACAUUUGUAUAUACUAGUACCUGUAACAAGUCAUGUACAAGAUAGAAUCGGAUGUUUUUCCACCUUGGGCCACAGCAAGUAAAUUUUAUGAAUGACAUCCUCAGUAGACCCCAAGUUGAAUGUGGGCAGGUGAAAAAAAGUUGACAAAAGAAGCAAGAUGUUUUCAAAUUUAGACACCAUAUAGAUAGACUUGACUUGAAGCAAUGGGACAUGGUAUCACAAUCAACAAGAAAUUGCUGUAUUCAAUAAUACAGUGACACUGAGUGAUGUCAGCAGUAAACUUAUUCUUGUUUUUCUUUUUUUCGAAAUCAUGCAAAAAUCAAUACAUGUGUAUCCAUAAAAUUACUUGCUGUGGCUCUAGGUAAUAUGACACACACCCAUGUUGAGGUGAUGAUGCAAAAUAUAUUACAUGUAGUUGCAAUUCUGAGGGUAUAUUGGAUAACUCACUCUGUAGUAGAAGUUAAAAUCAAUGUACCUUUCAGCAAAAUUGAUGAAAAAGCCACUGUUGGAAGUGCUUGUAAUUAAGCCAGAAAUGCUGUCUAAAAAUGAAGAGCAUUUCGAUGCAGUGCUGAUGGUCUUAUCAUGUUGUUUUGUUUUAUAUGUCAAUACCUCAGUUUUCAGAGCCGUCUAGGAAGUAUACAUGUAUGUAACAGUUAUGUGUGUGUGAUGUAUCUUGAUAGCCAGUGCAAAAAGUUACAAAAUGUUCAUUAAACCUAAUUAUUUGUGACAAAUAUAGAUUAUUUGCAAAUUUUCUUGAAAUAUUGCUGUAAUAUGUUGUGAAGAAGAUCAUAUGCUUAAGAUUUUAGGUGCUGAAACACAGCAACGAGCAAAGUUUUAUACCUGUAACCUGGGUUUGUGUUGGGUCUUACACCAUGGUUGAACUGGACCCAAUUUGAAUAACUGCCAAACAUUAUCUUGAAUAGAUAAGACAUGUUGUAAUUGAUAAAAAAGUUUAUGUCCAGGUAGGAUACUUGCCACAUUUCUUAGUGUAAACAGAAGCCACCCUAGCCCUUCUUUGUACAUGUAGUGAUGUACAUAUUGCAGCACACCAUGUGGUGCUAUGGCAGUGAGAUUUAGAGCAGGAACAUUUCUUUUUGUUUUGAAGUUUAUACUUUUGCCAGUAUGAAAAACAAUAGAUUUACAGAAUGUACAUGCAAGCCAUAUUAAGCUCAUAAUAUUAUUGAUCACUCUAUCAUAAAGGAAAGUAAACAGUGUUGUGG